AAGCAGAGCUGUGAUGCAGACAGCGAAUCACAUGAGCAGGGAUAUGUUUACAAACUGAGCUGAGGAGGCGUGCUCACUAGCUCCAUUAUGAGGAAGCAGGACUGAGAGCCAAGAGAGAAAAAGAGAGACUGGGACCAGAGGAGAGCGGCUGCCUGGGUUAAACUUAGCAGUGUUAGGCUCAUUUUCUCUCUCUCUUUUUUCACCUCCUCUUUGUCUGUUUUGGAGGAAGGGGGGAGCAGAUGGUUGGGGCUGACAGAGCAGAGAGCACAAUGCCAGUGCAGGCAUGAGGAGCUGCUUUCACAGGAACACUGGGCACUGCAGGGAGCCAUUCACAUCUUUCCUUUGUUUCCCAUAAUUGGCAGAGUCAGGUUUUAACAGCAAGAGAGGAAAUCUAUGUCGAGAGGAAGGAGGACUUCAGAGGAGCAAGGGAGGUAUGGAAGAGUUUGGACUCACAUCAUUGUCUGGAAGACAAGCUCCUCGAUCUGUCUGCACCCCAACAAACAAAGACCUAGGAGUGGUUGUGAUCCGAGACACAGUGACCCUGGUGGUCGUGAGUGACUUCAGACGUUUUGACCCCAAUCCACUGAUUCCCUGGGUCUCUGGCCGUCUGGAAGCUGAUUUAAUGCACCCGGUCCGGUGGUGUAACGGAUGUCUGUGCGGUUUAGGAUCGCAGAGCUCAGACCCUUACGGCAAGAUGACAUCGGAAGAUAUCUACAACCUGCCCCUCAACGUGUACGUCAUCAUCCUGGGCAUCGGCCUCUUCAUCUUCAUGCUCAGCCUGAUCUUCUGCUGCUACAUGUUCAGGUUAAGGCGACAAGGCACAAGGGAGCAAUACGGAUAUAAUGAGGUUGUUUUGAAAGGAGCAGGAAAGAAACUGAGUCUUCUUGGACAGACCUGUGCCGUGUGCUUAGAAGAGUUCAAAAGCAGAGACGAGCUUGGAGUUUGUACCUGCUCACAUGCCUUCCACAAGAAGUGUCUGUUAAAAUGGCUGGAGAUCCGCAGUGUCUGCCCCAUGUGCAACAAACCCAUCUGCCGUUUGCAGCCAGACCCCCCACAGGGCGCAGAGGGGCCCCAGAGCCCAAUGGAGGUGUGAGAGGAGAGAAGGACCCCACUACAGCACCUCAACACCACUAACUACAGUCCCAACCUGCCUCUCCCAGCCCGUCCGACCCCUAAAAAUCACACCCUGGUUCAGGUGAAGGGAAUCAGGCAUUCCAUCCUGACCUCUCCCAUAUAUCCCUAUCCUAGAUUUCUGACAGACUAUUUGAAUCCACUCCACUCUUUGAAGGUGUUAGAGCCCUGCAGGUGUGUGUGAGAUGAGACUUUAAAGUGGAACUCAUAGAACAAUAUUGGAGGACAAACUGACAAACUGUCAAUACCCUCCAUCCCAUGUUGCCAAGUGAACAUAGGGUGUCCACUCUGAUUGGUCGAUGAGUAACAUGGAACCUGGAUGGAGGUGACACCCACAUACCAUGCCCAUAGCUGCCAAUAUGGGCCUAUGAGGUAUCCAGCUAUGACAUAGGGUACAGUGACCCUGUCUCUAAAUAACACAUCAGGGUCAUUCUUGAUUUGCAGUGCCUUUUGGGCAUGGCAUUUUGGAAGAAAUUAACUUUAUUUUUGUUUAAUUGUUUUUAUUUAAAUGUAUUUGGGUAUAUCUUCACAUUCUAAAUCAAUUAAUAUGGCCGAUUAAUGACUUUAAAUCAUUUUGACAAUAACCUUGUGCCACCAGUAGGAGUAGUAACACCAAUGAUGCCAUUGUUGUACGUCAGAUUCAGCCUGCACUGUCGGUUGAGGGAUGAGCAUCGCGUAGGAGUGACCCACCUGUCGGAAGACAAUGCAAUUAUGGUAAUACCAAUGACAAAUUUUUUGUAAUUGAGGAUUUUCUUAAAUGGAGGCCACAGCUGCUCAAAUCUAAUGUCAUUAACCAUUUAAAAAUAAUUUACUAAAGUUAUAUGAUUAAUCGCUCACAAUGUAAUUUCCCUUCAUUUAAAUUGAUUAGCCUAACACUAAUGACACUUUAUUUAGACACACCAAAUUAUAACACUCUAAAAGGUUGUGAUUAGCUAACAACUUUCUUUAAUAUAGACUCUUCCCCCAAUAACAGUUUGCCCUGGAGGGAAUGCUCAAUGUCCUUAUAUAUAUUUUGUGUAAUGAGUAAUCUCAGAAACCCAGAACUAACAUCUUGUGUAUUUGCGUCAGAUGCUUGAUUAGAUUCUGGAGGAGAUGUAUGAGGAAAGAUACUAACACGCUUAGCGAAGUCUCUUUAAACAAUGCAUUAAAGAUACAGUUUUGCAGUAGAAAGGACAUGCAUUAUGUUUUAUUAUUAAUAAACAGUUCAAUAUAAACAAAAACGUGUAUAAUGUGUAACUAUUUGUCAUUAAGUGUUUUUCAUGGUUGAAAAGCUGAGGGACGCAAAUGCCAUAGAAAUUCAAUUAAAUACAUAGUCUUUAAGUUAUUUCUAAGGAAUUGUUUUGUAUUAUAACUGACUUUCAAUAAAGUGUAGUGUUUCAGCGA